AGUGCGUGCGAGUGUGCAGCCCCGCUCAAAAGAGAGAGAGAGAGAGAGAGAGAGAGAGAGAAAGAGAGAGAGAGAGAGAGAGAGAGAGAGAAAGAAAGAAAGAAAGAAAGAGAAAGAGAGACAGAAAGCUUCCUCGAGACCAGCGUGACUUGGAGUGCGCGAGAUUCGUUUUGGUCGAUCGUCUAAAUCGAUUGUCGAGUUUUAAGAAGGGGUAAAAGAGGGGUUCGUCGGGGAAAAAAGGUUCGUCGGUCAUAGUGGAGCAACCGGGGGUCCACGAUGCCCCCCAUAAUAGGGGAAACACUACGCGUGUGGUUCCUUUCGGCGUUGGUGGUCCACGGUGCGGUCGCCGGAAAUCCGGACGCGAAACGUCUCUACGACGACUUGCUGUCGAACUACAACAAACUGGUACGACCAGUAGUCAACACGUCCGACGUGCUGCGCGUGUGCAUCAAACUUAAACUCUCGCAGCUCAUCGAUGUGAAUCUAAAGAAUCAGAUCAUGACGACGAAUCUAUGGGUGGAACAGUCAUGGUACGACUACAAGCUACGAUGGGAGCCGAAGGAGUAUGGCGGAGUUCACAUGUUACAUGUACCCUCGGAUCACAUAUGGCGUCCCGACAUAGUACUCUACAACAACGCGGACGGCAACUUCGAGGUGACCUUGGCCACGAAGGCCACCAUCUACCAUCAAGGAUUGGUCGAGUGGAAGCCCCCGGCCAUUUAUAAGUCAUCCUGCGAGAUCGACGUGGAGUACUUCCCAUUCGACGAGCAGACCUGCGUCCUCAAGUUCGGUUCGUGGACCUAUGACGGCUUCAAGGUCGAUCUAAGGCACAUGGAUGAGAAAUCCGGAAGUAACGUUGUGGAGGUUGGAGUUGAUCUUUCAGAAUUCUACAUGUCGGUUGAGUGGGAUAUUCUAGAAGUGCCUGCAGUACGAAAUGAGAAAUUUUAUACGUGCUGCGACGAACCUUAUCUCGAUAUUACAUUCAACAUAACGAUGAGAAGGAAAACUCUUUUCUAUACCGUCAACAUCAUCAUACCGUGCAUGGGGAUCUCCUUUCUUACUGUUCUGACGUUUUACUUGCCAAGUGACAGCGGAGAAAAGGUGACCCUCUCCAUAUCAAUCCUCAUCAGUCUUCACGUGUUUUUCCUCUUGGUCGUUGAGAUUAUUCCGCCAACGUCGUUGGUCGUGCCAUUGCUUGGGAAGUACCUGAUAUUCGCCAUGAUACUCGUAUCGAUAAGUAUAUGCGUAACCGUCGUCGUCCUUAACGUCCAUUUCCGGUCACCGCAAACGCAUCAGAUGGCACCAUGGGUUAAAAGAGUCUUCAUCCACAUUCUUCCGCGUUUAUUGGUGAUGAGAAGACCCAUGUAUAAAUUCGAGACGAACAGGUACACAUCUGGUAGAGUACUGAUGAGAACGGUAAGAGGGAAGGAGAAGACUUGCUAUUACCCUUAUCAUCCGUCUACUCACGAGGAGAGCGAGGAACAUUUUACACCAACGAGGUUCCACAGUCGGCCACCUUCCAAAGAGGAUCUCUCGCCUUCAAGUCUAACGGACGGUGCGAGAUUCGGUGGAAGCUGCCUGAUCCAUGGACCACCUUUACCGCCCCUUCCUAUUCGUGGCGAGUGCGAGGAUCUUUCGGUACCUGGCGAGGGAGGAAUCGAGGAAGUUAAAAGUCCAGUAUUAAGAAAUCCACCGGCUUUUUCGCAUUCACGUUGUCCCCCGGAAAUUCAUAGAUCCUGCAUAUGCGUCCGAUUCAUCGCUGAACAUACGAAAAUGUUGGAGGAUUCAACCAAGGUUAAGGAGGAUUGGAAAUACGUGGCGAUGGUCCUAGACAGAUUAUUUCUUUGGAUCUUCACACUGGCCGUUCUGGUUGGUACAGCCGGAAUUAUAUUACAAGCGCCAACGUUGUAUGACGAUCGUGUCCCGAUCGACAAGAAAUUCAGUGAAUUCGCAACGACGACAGUGGUAAAGUGUCCACCCCAGUAGUCCAUGCCCGAGCCCUGCACCGUAGAGAAAAACUAAAGGGCCGACGACGUAGACUUCGGUAGACUUCGUCGAUUAUCCUUCCUGAUCUUUUAGGAGUCUCCGAAAUAUCUUUCAACCUGAUCCUCGGUCUCCACCAUUUUUUACGGCGAUAGGGCUCGAUUUAUCGUCGAACGAAACGACGAUAAUCUGUGCAAUGUUUUUAAGUGACUAACAUCCAUACGCGAGAGAAACAAACACAUCCGCACGUGUGAACUUUUUCUCUCUCUCUCUCUCUCUCUCUCUCUGUCUAUCUCUUCCUUUUUCUCUCUCUCUAUCUAUCUAUCUAUCUAUCUAUCUAUCUAUCUAUCUAUCUAUCUCUGUCAUUCAUUAACACAGUUACUCACUCACUUCACUCAUUUCUUUCAUUUUAUACUCUUCCAUUUCCAAGGACAUUUGAUCCAUCGAUCCACAGGAUCCAUCAUCAUCCAUCGAAUGGAAUUUUUCCACUUUUCUCGCGAGGUACGUAUGACAGCGAUGAUUUAAAGAAAAUAUAAGAAAAGGAAAGAUAAAAAAGAAAAAAAAAAGAAAGAAAGAAGAAGAUGAAGAAUGAUGGAAAAAAAAAAGAAAUUAUUCAACUAGUAAUAAUUACAUGAAAAAAGAGAGAAGAGAAGGUGAGAAAGAGCAACGUGUUAUUACUUAUAUGUAGCGUGCUCGUGUAAUGCGUUAAUACGAAGCUGCCACUUAAUUAUUCGAGUAAAUUAACAGCGAGCUACUUUAAACGGUACUAUAGUAUUAUAUUAGCGAGCCCACAAGUGUCAUCUCGCUCUACCAAUUGUUCUCGACGUCUCCCCGAGAAAUGAUUUACGAUGAGAGGAGGCGCUUUUGAGAAUCCGACGAGAGGACGAAGCGAUAAUGAUAAACGGACUUCAACGUUAAUGAUUAUUAUGUUUUAUACGCCGAAACACACGCGCGACACACGAGAAAUAAAAUAUAUAUAUAUAUAUAUAUAUAUAUAUAUAUAUAUAUAUAUAUAUAUUAGAAAUAAAUUAAUAUUGUGUAACACGACUUAGCUAGCUCGUUGUAAUUGUACACGAACACAUAGGGUGUAAUUUAUUUCAACUGUAUCCGAUUAUUCUCAUAAACGUUUAGGGACGUAUCCGUUUGUACGAAUUAUACAUAAAUAAAUAAAUAAAUAAAUAAAUAAAUACAUACAUACAUACGAUGCAAGCAUACAUAUUACGUAUAUCGUACGUUUUAAGAAAAUAAUCGAGACAAGAAUAACUAAUUGCACCGCGAUUUUCCUAUAUUCCUUUUACGAUUAAAGAAAAAGAAAAAGAAAAAUAAGAAGAAGAAAGAAAAUAAAAAGGAUACGAUUUUCGAUAUUAAUAAAAUCUCUCAAGUUAAAAUAUGAUAAUCGCGGUGCAAUAUAAUAACUUAUUCCUUGUUCUUGUAUUUUAUAAGAAAGAAAGAAGAGAGAGAAAAAGAGAAAGGACGAAUCGGAUGCAAUGCGCGAAGGAAGCAUUAGAAUAAAGAUAACCGAUUAUAGUACGGUAAGAACAAGUAAAGCAUACGAAUUCUAAAGCUGAUAGUUGUAGACAAAUUGAACGAACGUUCACUACCGUUGUUCAAUACCGUAGUUUCGUGGUCGAUGUCACAGUGAGUCGUCGUUCAUAAAUUUUUUUUUUUUUAGCUAUUCAUACACACACACACUCUCGCUCGCUCACUCACAUAUGCACACAUUAAAACAGAAAGAUAUACAUAAAAGAACAUUAUACAUACGACGAUGUAAUAUGUGAAUGCGCACACGAUUAUAAAAAAAAAACACACACACACACACACAUUAAACGCAUAAGGAAACAUAUGUAUGAUAAAAUUACUGUAUUGUGGUUUAUGAUAUUUAUAAUAAUUGUUAGUUAUGCCUGAUAAGAGUGAACUGACAUUCGCCCUAUGCUGACGAAUGUGACAUUACGCGUCGAAGAAUGAUUCGUCGUGAAACUCUCAACUUCGCGUUUUGUUAAUCGUUGACAAAGAAUUCAAAGAGAAAGAAACAAUCGUAACUCGUUCGUGAAAGUUGAAAAACAUUCGAGUGAGAUUCUCGAAAAUAUCUCGAAAGAAAAAGAGAGAGAUUGAGAGAGAAGGGGGUAAGGGGGAGAAAGAGAGAGAGAGAGAGAGAGAGAGAGAGAGCGAAAAAACAUAACGCAAGUUGAAGCCAUCAAAUUUUACGACGUUUCAAAGUAUACAUAUACAUAUAUAAUAUAUACAUUAUACAUUAUAUAUUAUACAAUUAUACAUACGUAUGUACGUAAGUAAGAGUACGUAAACGUACAUAUAAAGCGCGGUUCGAACCUAACAAGAAUGAGAUGAAGUAAUUGUAAGAGAACAUUUUCGUGUAUCCAUGCCAAACGGUACAUUGUUAACACAGGAUUGUAAAUAAUUAACAUUUGUUAGGACGGACCGAUAUCGAUUUUCAUAAUUACUGCCAUUAAGAGAAACAUCGCCAAUACUUAUUAUGUAUGUAUAUAUAUAUAUACAUAUAUAUAUGUAUAUAUAUAUAUAUACAUUAUAAAAAAAAUGUUUUCUCGUAAUUCUCAUUUUAUCGUCGCGAACGAUCGAUAGAGAAUUUUCCCUGAGAGAGUUAGAAGAGAAAAUAUGGGGGAAGGGAGGGGGGGACGAUCGACACAAGUUCUUUUCUUUUUUUUUUUUUUUCCUUUUUUUUUCUUUUUCUUUCUUCUUCUUCUUCUUCUUCUUCUUCUUCUUCUUCUUCUUCUUCUUCUUCUAUUUACUUUGGUUCUAUUUUUCUUUUCUUUUUCUUUUUUCUUUUUUCAUUUAAAUUUUAAUCGCCUUAAGUGCAAAGAAGGCGAUGCACCGAGCGUAAAAACACCUGAUGAAAAAGUUACCUGAAACUAACGAAUCGUCCAGCGAACGGAAAAACUAGAGAAAACGAAAGAAAUCCGAUCUACUGAUCGAUUUUCGAAGGAUCGCGCGAGUAUUCUCUCUUUCUCUCUUUCUCUUGCUUAAAAGAAAACGAGGAAAAUCGAAUGACGAACUUAAAACUUCGCACUAAAUCGCUAGAAAAUAAUAAAGAAAUAUAAUGAGGGUGGGAGGGAGGUAAAAGAAAAGGAAAGAAAAAAGGGAAAAAAUGAAAAAAGAAAAAAAGCGCACACGUUUUUCUAUGAUAAUGAGACAUGUAAGUACUUACUCGUUAUAAUUAAGUACGACAAUGUUUUUUUUUCGCGAACGACGACGGAAAAUAUAAUACUUUCCGAGACGAGUAAUCUAGAUCUCAAAUUCUAGAUCGAAUAAAUCCCAUCCAACGAGAUCCAAGGAUCGUCGAUUUUCACGUAUUCACGAAUGUAAAAAAGUAAUUUCCUCGUAUCUAGAUACCCGUCCCGGAAGAGCAUAACUCACAAAUACGAGCUGAGCGUUUGAAAAAGAGAGAGGCAUGCACUUAGAUUUUAGAUAUUUUAGAAAGAAAAUGAGAGAUGAGAGAAAACAAAAAAAAAAAAAAAGAAGAAGAAGACAAAAAAGAAACUAAUUGAUUAAUUAAUUAAUUAAUCAAUUAAUUAAUCGCUAAGCUGUAAAUAAUGUGUAAAUAGCGAAAAAAGAAAGAAAGAAAGAAAGAAAGAAAGGAAAAAAAAACAAAGGAAAUAACAAUACCUUGUAAGUCGAGUAUAUGCUAUAAAAUGGUUGAAAUUUUUUUAUAAUCGAUCAAAUCCAAGGGAUCAUUUGCACGAAAAAAAAAAAAAAUCGUUCACUACAGACACAUGCAUAAAUACACGGUCACGCAUAUGCGCAUUCCUUCCCUCUCUUUCUCAUUGUCUCUGUCUCGCCAUUUAAUAAAAAGUGAAAAGAAAAAAAAAAGAAAGCAAAAAAACAGAAAACAAGAAAAGAAAAGAAAAACGAAGUAUCGAUUUAUCCCCGAAGAAAAAUUCGAUCGUAUCGAUAUGACAAACGAUUAUUAAAUUACGAUUGUCAUGGAUCUUUUACACCGUGAUCGAUUUUCGUGAUCUUCGAUUACGAUUAUAUUAUCGCGAUGGCGCGAUCAAACCUAUUCGAAUAUUAAUAAUAAUUACGAUUAUUAUUAUUAUUAUUAUUCGAUCGAAUUCACACAAAUGAAAUGACACUUUUUCGAAGCUCGAUUUACGGCAUUAAGAAAAACAAAAACAGAAAAGAAAAGAGUGUCGAUUUUUAUUUAAAUUCAAGUGACGCAAGUUCCAAAAAGAAACGAUCAAAACGCGGAUGUUUGCAAAAAAGAAGAAAAGGAAAGAAAAAAUUGUUCAAUGAAACAUACUCACGAAUCUCAUUUUCACCAUCAGAAUCAUUUUAUUCUAUCUCUAAAAUCUCAAAUGCACGAAAUUGUACAGAUAAAUUUAGUAUCAAAGGAAUUUUUUUCUUUUCUUUUUUUUUUUUUUUUUUAUGUUUAAAAGACAUCGUUAGGGAAAAACAAAUGUAAAAUAGUAAUCUUAUGCAGAGAAAAAAAAACAUUAAGCGAAACAAACGGACAAUAAGAUAAAUAAAGAAAAGGGAUAAAAGAGAGAGAGAACAAAAACGAAGUAAGGACAAAAAAAGAGCGUGUAAGAAGUUGAAUGAAAAGAAAAAGAAAAUACGCGCACCCUUUCAUUGACAGAAGUUGAGAAACGACAAGGAAAAAAAAAAGGGAAAAAAAACAAAAAAAAAGAAAAAAGAGAGAGAAAAGAUAAAAGGAAGGAAGAAGUGAAUUAAUUAAUUCCUUUACUAAUUAUACAAAUUGACAUCCGUGUUCUGAUUUGGCAAAAGAGAUGAAAUGAGAGGAUCACGAUCGUCAUUUUACACGUCUUCGAAGUGAGUUGCGUGAACGUAGAAUUUAAUAUGAAAUGUCCUAAUUAAUAAAAAAAAAAAAGAAAAAAAAAGGAAAAGAAAGAAAGAAAGAAAGAAAAAAAAGAAAAAAAAACAAUAAUUAAAAAGAACAAAAAAAAAAUAAAUAAAUAAAUAAAAACUUAGCUGAAAGGUAGAGGACCCGGAUAAAGGAAAGAGCGUGGGAGUAAGUGAUAUGAUAGAUUAUUAUUAUAACGAUGAUAAUAUAGUUAACUAUUGUACCGUAAUAGCAAUAGCACAUUAUUAUCCGAGAAUGAAUGAGAAAGAACGAGGGAGAAAAGAAAAAGAAAGAAAAAA